AACUGGCUAAUGAUGACACCACUGGUGUGCACACAGUCAUUGAAUGUGCAUGAGACAGAAGAAUGGACAUAUAAAGUUUAUUGGCGGAGGAUGUUUAUUUUCUGCACGAGUUAUUUAUUAUUGCCAUUCGCUGUCUUGUUAGCUUGAAAUUUAGCUUUCUGGUUUAGUUACCCUGAAAAAGAUUCACUGAACGCAGGUUGUGAUCUCCAGUGUUGUUGCCCAUCAUGGCAGGAGGCAUCACAGAGACCGGGGAGCUCUACUCCCCAUAUGUGGGCUUGGUGUACAUGUUUAAUCUGAUCGUGGGCACGGGGGCACUGACGAUGCCCAAGGCCUUUGCCCAAGCAGGUUGGGCGGUCAGCCUGGCGCUCAUCUCCUUCCUGGCGUUUAUGAGUUACAUGACCACUACGUUUGUGAUCGAGGCCAUGGCAGCAGCCAACGCUCAGCUAUGCUGGAAGAGGAGGGAGCAGGAAGAGGUCCAAGACUGCGACUGCACCUCUGAUUAUUCGGAUGAUGAUGUCCGGGGACGAUCAGAGCCAGAGACGAGGCCCAUUUUGUCAGUCCAGCGAACAGGAGGAGGACACGUUGARCACUUUGACAUUGUGGAGAGGGUAGAGAUGGGUCAAAUGGCCUCCAUGUUCUUCAACAAAGUUGGUGUCAACAUGUUCUACAUCUGCAUGGUAGUCUACCUGUAUGGAGACCUGGCCAUCUAUGCUGCUGCUGUACCCAUAUCACUAAUGGAAGUAGCCUGUGGUAACCACUCAUGCAGUGCUGGCAGUGUGAAAUACGACGACACCGACUUGUGCUGGGGGCCUGUCACCAGGAAAGACGCCUACAAGGUGUUUCUGGUGAGUACAUACUGCACCCCUGUUUCUCACCCCUGUCCUUCUACCCUUGUCCCAAAGGCCCCUGGAGGACACAUGGUGUACCACACCUCUCUCUGUCAGAUCCUGCAAUCGUGACAGCCCCAAUGUGCCAACCCCUGUCUGUGUUAGUGUCAGCCUCAGCCCAGAGAGCCCCUUCCAGUUCGGUCUCCCUCUCACGCCACCCCUCCCGCAGCCCUCCUGAGCAAGUGUGUGUGCCCUUGAAGUCUUAAGAGAGCGAAACUCCUGCGAUUUCCACUUUUGCUUUAACUUUGCCGGCCGACAGUGAUAGAUGUGCUGAUCUCCUCCAGUAUUAUUUCCCCCCUCCACUGUUCUCCCUCCACCCUCACUCCUCCCUCAUUUUCAACAGAACGAGCAUACUCAAACAAUUCUCCAAUAAAUGCAUUGUUGGUUUUAUCUCGUCUGGGAUAAGCCUCUUACAUCAUGUCAACGAAUUGAAAUUAUGCUGAUUUAUAAUCUCCUCCUGUAUUUUUUUUGUUUACUUUGCAGUUUCACAAAGUUUCCUUUUAGG